UGAGCUGCGCCACUGCGACUGACGGAGGGAGCCACCUUCCUGCAGCUCCAUCACCGAGAGAGAAACACAGCUGCGGUCCAUCAGCCCUGCUUCCCCAUCAGGUGUGAGCGUUUGCGUCUGAUCCAACUGGCGCUCUCCAGUGCGGGAUCUUAAGUGAGCUCUGCUGCACUCCGCCACGCAGAUGACCAAUGUGAGCAGCGAGCAUGGCGGACAACCAUCUGGAAUAUCACCCCUACAUGGAGAGCGAGUCCGCCGGUGGCCACUUCUCUGAAGACCCGGAACUUGCAGCCAUCAAGGCCCGGGUCCAAGAGAUGGAAAUGGAGGAAGAGAUGGACCAACUGAAGGAGGAGGAAGGGUGCGACGUGGCAGAGAUCCAGCCGCUGACCAGCAGCCCUCAGCCAGGACACUUCUACAACAUGACCCCGGAGGAGCGGAUAGACGCAGACAACCGAUCCAUCUAUGUUGGAAAUGUUGACUAUGAAACCACUGCACAAGAGCUGGAGAUAUUUUUCAAUAGCUGUGGGCCGGUAAACAGGGUGACCAUUCUCUGUGACAGGUUUUCGGGACAUCCCAAAGGGUUCGCCUACAUUGAGUUUUCCGACCGUGACUCCGUACAGAGUGCCAUUGGUUUGCAUGCAACAUUAUUCAGAGGACGAGUGCUGAAGGUCAAACCCAAAAGAACAAACAUGCCAGGCAUUAGCACAACAAACCGUGGAGGUCGGGGCGUGGGCCAUGUCAGAGGCAGAGGACGGGGUCUCCAUCCACCCCGCUACCACCACAGCAACUCCAGAGGAAGGCUCCGGUACCAGACGUCCAGGCCACAGCAUCCGUACCACGCUGGCCCUCCAGUGGGGAAAAGGCAGUGGGAGCAUGUGGAUUACAAUGAUCAGAUGUCUCAGCGUUACCCUUAUCUUCUUCACAUCACCCCUCUGUCUGAGGAGAUGGAGGCCUUGAGUGGGCCGCACUACGCACAGCAGCGUUAAUAUAGCUCUGAAAACAGCCUGCGAAUGAACUUAUUUGAAUUAACUAAUGUUUCUAAGCACUUCUGAGAUUUGAAUUUGCAAGAUGCAAUGUUGCUUGAGUCUUUUUAAGAUCUGGAAAUUUAAACUUGUGAAUGCAUGUGACUGUUGCUUCUUACUGUUUUUAAAAGCUGAUGUGGAUGUUGUCUGCAUGUGGUUGUUAGUCAGAAGGUCUUUGCUAUGUCGGUGAAUAAAUAAAAUGAACAAAAAUUUGGAUCCUAAACCAACAGUUUGCAUUG